CAAGAAUUUUUUUCUCAUAAUUUCUUUUCAGGUCCUGCAUUUUGGGGUCUAAUAAAUCCUGAAUGGUCACUAUGUAACAAAGGUCGAAGGCAAUCACCUGUGAAUCUGGAGCCUGACAAACUUUUAUUUGACCCAAAUCUGAGGCCCUUGCACAUUGAUAAACAUAGAAUAAGUGGAAGUAUAUUAAACACUGGCCAUUCUGUGAUAUUCAGUGCGGACAACGAGUCCAAUCCUGGAGGAAUUGGUGGAGGGGCCCCUCAUGUAAACUUAACAGGAGGGCCCUUAUCUUACAGAUAUCGGUUUCAGGAAAUUCAUAUUCAUUACGGGCUCCACGACCAAUUCGGCUCUGAACAUAGUGUAGGAGGUUAUUCGUUUCCAGCAGAAAUCCAGAUAUACGGCUACAAUUCUCAGCUGUACACGAAUUUCACAGAAGCUUUAUCCCGAGCUCAGGGCAUCGUCGGCGUCUCGUUACUCUUACAGCUGGGAGAUCUAUCCAAUCCUGAGUUGAGAAUAUUGACGGAGCAGCUGGAUAAGAUACAAUUCGGAGGAGACGAGGCUCCAGUGAGAAGGUUAUCGAUAAGGGGUCUGCUGCCGGACACAGAACAAUACAUGACGUACGAAGGUUCGACGACGGCCCCCGCAUGUCACGAAACUGUCACUUGGAUUGUGAUAAAUAAGCCUAUCUACAUCACCAAGCAACAGUUGCAUGGUCUGAGAAGAUUAAUGCAAGGUGGACCAGAACACCCAAAAGCGCCACUUGGAAACAAUUACAGACCUCCUCAACCUCUUUGGCACAGGCCUGUUCGGACAAAUAUAGAUUUCAAAGUAAAACACACGCAAGGAGGAAAAGUCUGUCCAACGAUGUACAAAGACGUUCAUUAUAGAGCAAAUAGUUGGAAACAACAUUGAGAUGGUGUUUAUUGUGAAAAUGUUAAGUUAUUGGUGACUAGAUGUCUACAGAAC